AUGCUCCGCGCAGCCCCGCGCAGCCCGCACGGUCCGCGCAGCUCCGCACAGCCGGCAAAACCCGCGCAGCCACCGACACCGACACCCCGCGCAGCCGGAAAGAUCCGCGCAGACACCGACACCGACACCCCGCGCAGCCGGAAAGAUCCGCGCAGACACCGACACCGACACCCCGCGCAGCCGGAAAGAUCCGCACAGCCGGCAAAACCCGCGCAGCCACCGACACCGACACCCCGCGCAGCCGGAAAGAUCCGCGCAGCCGGCAAAACCCGCUCAGCCACAACACCCGCACAGCUCCGCGCAGCCACAACACCCGCACAGCUCCGCGCAGCCACAACACCCCGCUCAGCCGGCACGGUCCGCGCAGCCACCGACACCCCGCGCAGCCGGCAAGAUCCGCGCAGCCACAACACCCGCGCAGCUCCGCGCAGCCCCGCUCAGCUCCGCAUCCCCCGCGCAGCCCCGCGCAGCCCGCCCGGCUCCGCCGCGCCGCGGCCGCGGAGCCUCCGCCCGGCGCCGCCGCCUCCCACGCGGAGCCGCCGGCAGCGGCCCCGGGCAGGGCGGCACCGCCCCGCGCAGCGACACCCCCCGAGCACCGCCCCGCGCACCGCCCCGCGCACCGCCCCUGGAUCCCGCACCGCCCUCCGCACCGCCCCGCGCAGCGACACUCCCGACACGCCCCCCGCACCGCCCCUGGAUCCCGCACCCCCCGUGCCCCUGCGCGCCUCAGCGACCCCGCGCACACCCCGCCCUCCGCAGCCUCGGUCAGCUGACGGCUCUGGAAUCUCUGCAGUGACAGCAAUGCCUCCAUAUCCCACCUCCUCCAAGGUCAACUGA